AUGCAGAACUAGCUUUGUUUUCAAUUUUUCCAAGAAAAAGAUCUAAAACCAAUCUAGGGGAAGAUCAUUUGGAUACCAGCUGAGACCAGAGGAAGAGAGAUCGAGGCAGAUUGGAAGUGAAAAUGAAUAUUAAUCAGGGGAGCACAUCAAAUUGUUUCGAAAGUAUGUACAUGACGGAUCGAGAUGCAGUUUCGUCGUUUUCACUCGAACCAAACUCAUCAUCAUCUGGUGCAGUACUAUCCCAAGAUCAGAAUCACUCAACUUCUCUUCUCUAUAGCCUCUCCGUCCUCAAGGAGAAAGUUCAUCAAGCGAAAUCGCUCGUCGGCGUGCUUAUCGCUCCGGCAGAUCAUCAUCAAAGUCAACAACAACAGCUUCCAGAGUCAACGACCAUGGGAGCCAUGGCGAGCAUGAGCAAUGUCAUCCAAGAAAUUAUCGUCACGGCGUCUUCAAUGAUGUUCACUUGCCAGCAGAUGUCCCUUGUUGCUCCAGGUAACGAUACAAGAUCUGAACCAAACUUUACUAUUAGUACUGCUGGUCGUAGUAACACUAGAGACGCUGGUUUCUAUCCAACACAUGAUCAAACACUCGAUUGGUUUAGUACUGAGAGCUACAACGAUUGUCUUCCUAGGGAUGUGAUCAGUAGGAGUCAUAGACAGGUCGAAACGAAAGAGUUGCCUCCGAGAGUUCAAAGAAACAAUGCGUUACAGGUAGAGAAUCCUCCACCAGAAAACUCGAGCUACGACAUUAUUGAGUUGGAUGCUGCUGAUUUGUUGGCUAAGUACACUCAUUACUGCCAAGUUUGCGGGAAAGGGUUCAAGCGUGAUGCCAACUUGAGAAUGCACAUGAGGGCUCAUGGGGAUGAAUACAAGACUAGCAUUGCUUUGAGCAACCCCUUGAAGAACAACAAUAUGAACAGUGCAAUGAACGUAAAUGGAUCGAGCAAUGCUGAGUCUUCAAUGAAAUUGCCAAGGAAAUAUUCAUGUCCUCAAGAAGGGUGCAGGUGGAACCAAAAGCACGCAAAAUUCCAGCCUCUCAAGUCCAUGAUCUGCGUGAAGAAUCACUACAAGAGGAGCCAUUGUCCGAAAAUGUACGUAUGCAAGAGGUGCAACAGGAAGCAGUUUUCGGUGUUGUCUGAUCUAAGAACACAUGAGAAGCACUGUGGGGAUCUAAGGUGGCAAUGCUCUUGCGGAACCACAUUUUCCAGGAAAGAUAAGCUUAUGGGUCAUGUUGCUUUGUUCGUUGGACACACACCAGUUAUAAUCAAUUCUAAUUUUCCCAUUAGGCAUGGGAGAGCUGAGAGCCAAGCUGCAGCCGGCGGCCUGAUGCAGUGAAAUACGUACGUGGUAAUCAAAGAAAUGCUUUUCUUCUGUUUGUUUUGUACAUUAAUUUUUCAGCAAGUUGAUUUCCAUACUAGAAUUAGGUAGUUUGUGUGCUAAGUUUAGCAUUAGAUACAUUGUAAUCAAUUACAGAAUGUUUAAUUUCCAUUCGCCUUGAUCUUUAUUUUCUGUGUUGAAACUUUAAUUUGUUUUCUACCAUUUUCGUAU